AUGAAGAAACUCCCCUUUAAGCCCACCGCGCUGCGCAGGGCAGCGCCAAAACCAACACAAUCCGAGGAUUCCAAGGACAGUGACGACGAUGGACUCUCUCUGUUUCGCCGCUCAAAGGAGAUGGCGCCUAUCAUGGCAGCUGAACAGGAAAGGCGUUGGAGGAGACAUAGAGAAGCUGAGCAGGAAGCUGAGCGCAAACGACUUGAGGCCAUUGGGGAGAAGCGACCGCGAGAAGACUCCUCGGAUAGCGAUGGACUCACCAAAAAGGGCCCUGGCCCUAAGGUCAGCGAUGGUCUACCCUCCUUGCCUGCACGGAUAGAGGGGACUCCUGUUACCGAUCAGCCGAUGACACACGAUGGAGCGGAUCGCACCAGUGAACUUGUCACUCCUCCUCCGUCCAAACGAUCAAGGCUUGACUCAAGCUCGGCCCAGAAGCCUAUACUUAGUUCACAACUCGACAUAGACGAAGACCCUUUCCCAGAUGCAUCGCCAACUCGAAGAUUGGGGCCAACUCGUAACCCCCCUACUCCAAGCCGAAACCUGAAGACAGAAGAUCUCAAACCACAGACCAAACCAAACACGGAUCCCAUAACGAUUGACUCGGAUUCGGAAUCCGACUCAGAACUUCCUAAGCCCAUGACCGACCUAUCAUCGAAGCCGGGAAGUAGCAGUAUCGAACUUGCGGAGCGGACCUCUAAGCCUUCUAAGGAGCCAAGCCCACCAGCAGUGGAGGAGGAUGAGUUCGCAGAGUACAUUCGAAAAGCCGAAGAGAAACGCGCCCGCCAACAGGCCCUUCAGGCCAACAAGUCUGAGGAGCAGUCCAAAGAGGCCUUCAACAUCUUCAUUACCAGCACGAUUCCUCAUACUGUACCCCUGCAAGUGAGGUUUUUAUUUAACAAACCUCUUCGCAUAGCUCGAGAUGCGUGGGUUAAACACCAAAUGAGUAAAGGUGUUUCCAUACAAGCGGACGAUGUGACUCUUACCUGGAACAACAAGAAAGUAUACAACACUUCCACCCUGAUUGGCCUGGGCAUUCGCCCGAUUGGCAAUGGACGUGCUGUGAGUGACGGUCAAGGGUCCGCGGGCUUCAGAGAGAACAUGUCUUCGAUAAACGUGCAAGCCUGGACUCCGGAACUCUUUCAGAAGAUGGAGCAGGAGCAGGAACUCCAGCGGAAGCGUGACGCUGGUGAACUUUCUGGCGAGGAAGAGGAGAAGCCGGCCGAGAGAAUCAGGUUCGUGAUCAUGCUCAAAGGACGGGAUGUUGAACCGCUGGCUUGCAAAAUUCUCCCAGAGACAACUGUGGAAACGCUCAUCUCCUACUUCCGUCAACAGCGCAAUGUUGGUUCAGAUAAGCAGGUAUCUCUUUGGUGGGACGGUGAGCGGCUUGAAGAGCACGUGGAGAUGCAGGAUGCCGAAAUUGAGGCUCAAGACACAAUCGAAGUGCAUAUUGAUUAA